AUGGCCGAGUAUCAGUCUGAUGGUCAUAUGUCACCAGCGUCGUCGGUUGGGUCAUAUUUUAUUCCGCACCAUGCGGUAUACCGACCAUCUGAUACGAAUCCGAAAAUCCGCGUAGUGUUUGACGCAUCAGCCAAGGAUUAUUCCGGUACGUCAUUGAAUGAUGUUUUAUUUCCGGGACCUAAACUUCAACAAGACGUGGUCGAUGUUCUACUGUUAUUCCGGUUAUCUCGGUUUGCCUUUACGUGUGAUAUAAGUAAAAUGUAUCGCCAAAUUCUUAUCUCACCGGAACAUCGACCAUUUCAACAUGUGUUAUGGCGAGCUUCACCCGAGGACGAGCUACAAGCCUUCGAGUUAAAUACUGUAACGUAUGGGGUGAAUUGCUCACCGUUUUUAGCGAUACGUGUGCUCCAUCAGAUAGCUGACAUGGAAUGCGACGGUUUCCCAUUUGUUCGCGAAGCCCUGUUAUUCCACACCUACGUCGACGACAUUUGUGUAGGCGCUGAUAGUGAAGCCGCAGCCAUACAACUACAGUCUGAUUUAAUUACUAUUUUGCGUCACUCUGGUAUGGAACUCAAGAAGUGGACCAGCAAUAUUGAAUCAGUACUUAACAACGUUCCUAACGAAGAUAGAGCAUGUGAUGCACUAUCAUUCCAUGACGGAGACAGCGUCGGAAGUAAAGUAUUGGGUAUUCGCUGGGACCAUCACGACGAUUCAUUUAAUUAUUUUGUUAAACCCGAGACAUUAGUUACAACAAAGCGUGGCAUGCUUUCGCUAAUCGCCAGAAUUUUUGACCCUCUUGGGUUGUUAGCUCCUGUAAUUUUCCAAGCGAAACAUUUGAUGCAGAGUGUAUGGAAGGCUAACAUUGCAUGGGACGAGAACUUGCCAAAUGAUAUAUUGAAACCGUGGACUCAAUUUGUAACGGAUCUUCCUGAGUUACAGCGGGUUCGAAUACCGAGAUUUGUUCAUACACGGCGCGGACUCCGGUGCGUACUUUGUGGUUUUUGCGAUGCGUCUGAGCGUGGAUACGCGGCCGUAGUAUAUAUAAAAUCAUUGGACUUUUGCGAGCGCCCGUCCGUAUCGUUACUCGGCGCAAAAACAAAGCUCGCUCCAGUGAAGGCUUAUACCAUCCCACGUAUGGAGUUGUGUGCGGCGGUGCUUUUAGCGCGAUGGAUGGCACGUCUAAAAAAUAUUCUCGAUGGCAGACUUCAAAUAGUUGACACUCUAGCAUGGUCAGAUAGUACGGCAGUACUCAGUUGGUUGAAGACACCGCACGAGUCGUUCAAAGUGUUUGUGUCAAACCGGGUUUAUCAGAUUCAUACGGCCUUGCCAGAAUGUCACUGGAACUAUAUUGCUUCGGCUGACAAUCCAGCCGAUUGUGCUUCCAGGGGAUUGUCGCCCGUACAACUGAUUGACUUUAAGCUGUACUGGGAUGGCCCAACAUUUCUGCAUACAAGCAAUAAUUUGCGUGACAAUAACGUUCAGUAUAUAGCGCCAGAUCAGCUUCCGGAAAUCAAGACACAUAAACCAGUGACAUUAGUGGCGCAACCCGACGAAGAAUGGUAUUGUCGGUUUUCAUGCUACUUGCGCAUGACGCGAGUUGUAGCGUGGAUGUGCAGAUUUAUAAUGGGCUGCCGCGGACAACCAGCUCAGCUUCCUUAUUUAACUCGCAAGGAGUUGGAUCAAGCAGCAGUAAAAGCAGCUCGAGCGUCGCAACUUCAUGAUUUUAAAAACUUACUUCACGAGUUGUCUCAUAACCAACCUGUUUCUGUGAAACCUGUGGCACGCCUCCGCCCUUUUAUCGACAGUCGAGGUUUAAUCUGUGUGGGUGGACGUCUAUCCAAAUCAAAUCUCCCAGAAGGUCAGAAACAUCCAAUUUUACUGGCAAAGAAGUCGUAUAUAUCGCUAUUAUUGGUGCGCCAUUGGCAUGAUGUCACUGGUCAUGGUGGUCCGCGAGUACUAACUUCACUUAUCUGUCGGCAAUACUGGAUUCUGUCUGUCAACCGCUUGAUUCGUACCGUCAUUAGUAACUGCGUUAGAUGUGUUCGUCGUGCCGCUGUUAACCCCCAACCAGUUAUGGCUGAUUUGCCCUCCUCUCGCAUUGUUGAAUGCCCCCCAUUCUCACGUGUUGGUGUUGAUUUUGCCGGUCCAAUGACUAUGAAGGAGCAUCGAUUGCGAAAAUCACGUGAGUACAAAGUGUACGUGGCUGUGUUCGUUUGUUUUAUAGUUAAAGCCGUUCACUUGGAGUACGUGUCCGACUUAUCCACUGACGCUUUUCUGGCCGCCUUGAAUCGGUUCGUGGCGAGGCGUGGUAUGCCGACAGAUAUAUACACGGACUGUGGGACCAAUUUCGUGGGUGCCGCCAACCACAUGCGUCAAUUGCUAAAUGAUCAGAAGUGCCAGGAAAACUUAGUCAAUACAAUUACAUGUACCUGGCAUUUUAAUCCACCCGGUGCCCCACACUUUGGUGGUCUGUGGGAGGCGGCCGUGCGAUCGGCGAAAACAUUAAUGGUUAAAAUCACGGGGGAGCACACCUUCACAAUUGAAGAAUUUAGCACGAUUCUGUGCCGCGUGGAGGCAAUCUUAAAUUCACGACCACUCGUGUCCACAUCUCCAGACCCCGCUGAAGCGGAUUGCCUAACACCAGGUCAUUUUCUAAUAGGGCGGCCAUUGCUGUCAGUACCUGAGGUUGACUAUAUACACUCUCAGCGGCCGAUGGUCCAAAGAUGGAAAUUGUUGAACCAAAGUGUGCAGUCAUUUUGGCAUCGUUGGCGCCGGGAAUACUUGCAUACCCUACAAUCACGUAGUCGGUGGACCAAAGAUGCUCCUAAUAUUGCCGUGAAUGAUGUGGUGAUAGUGAAAGACCUCCCAGCUGCACCACUUAAAUGGCACAUGGCACGAGUGACUGAAGUCUUUCCAGGUAGCGACGGUAUAGUACGUGUCGUACGUCUUCAGACUGCCACUGGUACGUUGACUCGCCCAGUCGUAAAAGUAGUUAAAUUGCCUACAGAUUAA